GCUGUUUUGUUUUCAUCACUAAGUGUUUUUGUGCUGUCGUCAACAUCCUUGGAAAUGUUUGUAUCCCGUUGAUAUCAUAAGAUAUGGAAGUCCAUGAUAACUUGUGUGACGAUUUAUCGUUGUUAGUAACAACCACACAGAAUGAAAAUAAUGUUUUAGACGAUAUAAUGAAUUCAUCUGAAGGACAUAUCGAUACAUCACUAGACUUAAAUGAAUUCUUGCGUGAUGUUCAACAUGAGCACGACUUAUCGGGAAUGUAUCACACAGAUCAUAUUAACGAUUUUAAUUAUUGUUUGGACUCAAUAUCUCCCAUAUGUGAACUUCCUUUUCUUAAACAAAGUCCUGAGUCCGAGUCCCAUGUCGAUGACAAUGUAGACGAUUUAAUCAGCUAUUUAAACUUCGAUAACUUCAGCCAAUUGGGAUGCGACACCAAAGCAUUAAAUACCCGUAAUCGUUAUACACCCUCUCCCACAGGAAGUUGUAGUAGUUCCAGCGGCAGCUCUACAAGUGGAGUUCAGAGUGACAUAUCUGAUGUAUCAUUAAAUAGGCCGCUUGACCAAGUCAUUGUUGAAUCAGAUAAAGUUGGACAAUUUAUUAAACCCCAAGAAGAUGGACAAUUGAAUAUAAAAUUCUGCAGUAACUUGUCCAAUUUAUCUAAAAUAAAUGAUUUAAAACCACAAAAAUCUAACAUUACACAGAAUCCAUCGGCUACUGAAACAAAAAGUAUUGGUGCACCACUAAAGCCAAAGACUAUAGUUUUAUCUUCACGGGACUAUAAAGCGCUAAUGCAAAAGAUACACCCAAGCAGUGCUAAGUCGUUUUCCAAGAUAAAUGGUACCAUCGGCUCUAAUAUCCCAAAAAUCGUUAUAAAAAACAAUAACAUAGAAAGGUUAAAAGUGGAAGAUCAAAAAACAGCUCAUUCUGUAAGCCAAAUGUUAAAAGAAACAAUUGGUGGCCACAAGUUUGACUUCUUAAGAAGCAUGACAGCUGACGAGAAGAUGUACAAAAAACAGCAACGUUUAAUCAAAAACCGGGAAUCUGCUUACUUAUCCCGUAAAAAAAGAAAGGAAUAUGUAGUAGCAUUGGAGACUAAAAUCAAUAAACUUGAACAAGAAAAUUAUCUACUUAAGGGUGUAAGUAUAAACCUUAUCUUACCUUAA